GCCAGACUCCUAACAGGUGCUUUGCAAAUAAUCAAUCCCUGGGCUUCCGGGAUCGGUGAGCUGCUUCUACUCUCUCCACCUGGCAACAAGCACAGGAAGGGCAGCUGCUGAAGACAACUCCAAAAGUCGGUCUGGACAGAGAGAGAGAGGGUUGGGCAUUCCAUGGCUACUCUCUGACCACAGUCCUGGGUACAGCAUCUCUCGCUCUCUCAUGAGGAAGAGCAGUAAACAGGGGACUUAAAAGAGGAUAUACACCCGGAACUCCUAAGCAAGCAGGAACUGUGACUCCCAUUCAUCCAAGGAGAUGCAUCUGCAGCUGUGAAAGGACAUCCUUCUUUAAACUGGUGCUUCCUCCUCACCUCCUUGGGAAAGCAAUUCCCACCCACUGCAUAACAGGAAAAUCAGCCUGCAGAAGAUAUGUUCAGUUGUGAACCUGUCACACAUUUGAAUGGCUGAGAUCUAAGAAGCUGAGCAGGUAAAAAGAGGACAUGUGCUCCUGUUCAUUGGAUGAAAAUCCCAGUGCUUAAUCUUGAAAGCUGAUUGGCUAAGAAGAAUCGGCAACCUUAAACUCUUCCUUGGGUAAAAGGAGGAAAGAUUUCAUAAUGCUAAUUCACCAGUCAGCAGGGAUGCACUGUACAUCCUCAUAGGGUAAGAACAGAAUAUUAUUUCACUGGUUGAUUGGCUGGAGAGUCUGGCUGGCAUGGGAUUUUAAUUUCUUCUUCGUUCAUUGGGUCUGCUUAAGGCACUUGUUCCAGGAACUGACGGACUGCCAUUGGCCAAGGACUGUGGGAAUUGCUACCUUUGGGGUGACCUGGACCCUAAAAGCUGAAACAUUAUUUGCUUUAGCCAAGUACUUCCCACUGCUCAUUCACUUAAGGAAAUACUGUAAUAAAGCCAGAGACAUUUCCCAGUUGUUUAUUCACAGAAAAUAGCAAACAUCCUAACUGAUAACUGGUGCAGAAUAUUCUCAUUGCCUAAGUGGAUAACUUCUGACUUCUGGCCCGUAACAGAAGAUGACACUUCUCACCAGAAAAAAACUAGACCUAGAAAAGUUGGAACUCUUUUGAUUAAUCAAUUUGAGAUGUCUCUACUCUCACACACAGCCAUUUUCUGCAAGUGUGGGGAAGUGUCUGCAAGUGGAAGGACGAGUAGUGGUUUUUCCAAAUGAAUUUCUGGGAAGAAGGUUUUGGCUUUGUGAAUGUGUAGGAGGUGUAUUUCCUUUUUGUAAAAAAAAACACAAUAAUUGUCUGAAGCUGCAAAAAAAAGAGGACAGACUGGCAGAAGACGUCAGAGAAAGAACUACUGUUCUCGAGAUGUGCCUUGAAAGAUUUCUUGGCGAGACAAGAUAAUAUUGUGCCGGUUGAUGCACUGUUCCACAAACUCAACAAGAGAACCUAGGAAAUUUAUGCUCUUGGAUGCUGUUUUUUAAACCCAAUAGGCUCAACCGCCAACCAGAGAGAGCCCAACUUGUAUUAUUCUCACUGUUCUAACCUUCUAGACUAGACCUACCUGCCCACCCAAGUGUCACACAGCUAGCAGGUUCCCUUUAGUCUUUGCCUACUAAGCAAGAGUUUCCUCCUGCCCCACAUUCUGCUAAUCUCAUCAUCCCACAUAAAGAUCGCAGAGUCCGGCUGCAUACAAGAGAAUUGAUAGCUCAACUAGAGAUUUGUUCCACGGGCUCUUAGUUUCGAAUUAAUUUCCCAUAAUUUCCACCAGUGGGAACGAAGACAAUUCACAAACUGAAGUGCGUGACAGCUUGAAUAGAUUUUUAUUUUUAUUUGUAAAGGUGGCACAACCUUGAAUUCUGAUUCAAGAGGAUGCUAGAGUAACAGGCAAACAGUUGAGUGGCCACCAGCUCUAGCACUGGUUAGUACAACUGGUAUAUGGGUACUUGUUUUGUAUUUUACGGCUGUUCUCCAUCCACCCCUGGACAUAUUUUUUGGGCAGUGAUUACCAGGAUAACUACUGUUACUCAUACAUUUGGAUGUAGAUCAUAUUGUGUUUAGGGUUAAAGGGGUUUUAGAAUAAAAUUAUACUCUUCAUGAGGCUGAGAUUAGGAAUCUAAGGGUGCUAACUCUAUUUUGACACGUACCAUGAAAACAGGUUGCCUAUAUGAUAGUUCCCAUGAAUGUAAAUAGAGAGCAGGUGAUAAGGAGUUACGGGUGUGGCAAACUGAGAUGCAGUGUCAACUUUAGGCUUAUCUGGACAAGGGGUGGAAGGAGGUUGUGAGUCCUGGGAUCCAGCAUUAGAAUAAUCCAGUGUGCCAUCAGGGUUUAGAAAGUGAAACUAAGGCGGUCAGGACACCUGAAAACAGUGAAACUACGGUUGAACUAGCCACUGGGGCUGUCCCAUGAACAAUGAUCAUUCUUAUCUCUAUGCCCUGAACAGCUCCAGAGGCUAAAAUCCACAAACACAAGUUCUGUUAAAGAGGCAAGAGAAGGGCACGCUGAUUCUUUUUCGACAUGGCAGAAGAAUUUUAAGUUAAGGAUGCAAGAUUAUAUGGCCGCAUACCCAGAGGGUUUGGAAAGGCCCGCUCUGGUUACAGGGUAGAAUUGUGGGUACUGUAUAGUUUAAUGCCCUUUCCCCAAGGCCAUGGCCGGUUCCCAGGUCCUCUGCUUGGAGAGCGAAGAGCCAUAUGCUAAAGUAACGGAAUCGAACCCUGAGUUUUAUUAUUGUGAGGGUCAGCGGGUAGCCCUCGAAGCGCUGCUCUCUAAAGGCGAAGAGGCCUUUAAGGAGUGUAUCUCCCAGGAAAAGCUGCGCCCCUUUCUGUCAGAUGGAGAGCUGCAAGAACUGAAGGCAGCUGCAGAAGACUCGCGGGCUCCCUCGCCAGGUGGAACUGGCAAUGGUGGCCACGGGGGCAAGGGAUCAAGCCUCAGCUACUGGCCUGGACGUUCGGACGAGCCUACUCCAGAGCUGGAGCUAGGGUGGCCGGAGAACAGCGUUUGGAAAGGGAUUACUCGUGUGGAGGUCUAUACCCACCCACCAGGAGAGGGAGCGCCACACAUCAAGGAGCUGGUGCGAAGAUACAUCCAGCAAGCCAACAAGGUGAUUGCCAUUGCCAUGGAUGUUUUCACGGACCCUGACAUCCUCUUAGAUCUGUAUGAUGCAGCACUCAGGCGCCGAGUCCCCGUCUACAUUAUUCUCAGCAGACAGCAUCUUGCCUCCUUCCUCACCAUGGCUGAGAAAACGUGCCUUAAUGUCCGUCACACAGAGAAUCUGAGAGUCCGAGUCAUCCGGGGUUGCACUUUUCAAAGCAGACAGCAGAAGCAGGUCACAGGGACCGUGAAGGAGAAAUUUGUCCUGGUUGACGGGGAAGUCGUGAUCACUGGCAGCUACAGCUUCACGUGGACAGACGCUCGCUUGAACCGCCAGCUGGUCACUCAGCUUACAGGAGAAGUGACAGGGGCAUUUGACCGGGAGUUCCGCAUCUUAUAUGCUGCCUCUGGUCCCCUGCCAGCCCUAGAAAUUUCACCUAGACUCCAGCCUGCUUCGAGCCUGGUUCCAUUACCAAGUACCAAUGGGCCAGAUAUCACUCCGUACGUCAGUGUCCUGGAUGGGGUGCAGCUGUCCAACCGCAUUGCAGAGCGACGCUCUGUGGCCCCUCAACCCGUGGCCAAGAGCCAUGCUGGAGAGUGGGAGUUAGUAUUAGCCUCCCCUGCUACGGCGGAAGACCCUGUGCUACCCACCCCACCCCCAGAGGUGUCUAUUCGAAACAGACUGGCAGCAUGGCGUGGCACAGACCUUUCAGGAGGGGGCUUGCACGGAUCCCCCGAUGGGCAGAAUGCUCUUAGCGAUAUAUUUAGGAGCGUACAGCGGACUCGGCUUUCAGCAGCCAAGACCACAGGGGCUCGCGCUAGUAAGUCCCUGUGGGACCUCAGCCAGCUCUCCGGAACCAGCACAACAGGAAGGGGAUGGAAUGGAAUAGACUCAGCAGAAGAAGCUAAGAAAUGGGGUUACCAGGACACACCAGCAAGAGAGCUGAUGAAACAGCGAGGGACUGGCUAUGCCCCAGAAGAACCAAGGAUGCCCGUUUACCUGGCACCUGGGCGUAUGACCCCUUCCUCUGGCUACUUGCCUCUAGGAAGACUACAAGGACAGCUGUAUCAUAAUCCUGCCAGCACAGGUCUAUCCCGGGCUUGGCCACACUCAGGACAACUCCAGUACAGUCAUCAGCUACGAUACUGAAACCUCUCUGAAAAUCUCAAGGCAGGGAAAAAAACACUGGGAGGAUAAACUGGAACAGACUGGAAUAUUUCCUAGAGGAACAACAGUUUAUAGAGAGAUUAUUCAUGCGACAGGACAGAAUAAUGAGGGAUGGCUAUAAGACCGUGGUUUCUAGCUUUUAAUAAAAUAUACUGGGAGACUUUUCUAUCUGAUGAACACCCACCCCAGUGAACUGCAGAAUGAGAUCCUGAACUGUGACAAGCAUGUUUUAGUGAGAUUUUAAGUUUCGUCUGCCAAUGAGGGAAGCCAAACACUUUCCCUUCAAUGCAACUACACUAGAGCAAGUUUGUGUAGGAUGAACUGGGAACAAGCAGGAGGUUUGUAAACUUAACACUGAUGAGCUGCUCAAGGGAUGCUGGGUGCAGCUACUGAGAUACUAAAUAAUAUAUAAAGGAUUAUACUAGCAGAAAACUGGAAUUACAUUUCCCCAGCCCUCAAAUCAAUGUUUGUAAAAAUAGAAGCCAUUCAUACGGAACGGUUCAUGCUGUGUUUUCUUUCUUUCUUAAAUUGAACCAUAGACACUAGGUUGUAUUACAAAAAAUCUCCCUCCACGAUCAAAAUACAGUAUUUCGGCACUGGAUCAAAGCAGCCUGCAGAAGAUGCUUUGACGUUUAAGAGAUUAGACCAGGCAUCCCCAAACUUCGGCCCUCCAGAUGUUUUGGACUACAAUUCCCAUCUUCCCUGAACACUGGUCCUGUUAGCUAGGGAUAAUGGGAGUUGUAGGCCAAAACAUCUGGAGGGCUGCAGUUUGGGGAUGCCUGGAUUAGACUAAUUGCACUGAACCCACUGGUUUAGUAAAGGGAAGAAUUUAGAAAGGAAGAGUGGCUGUUCCAAGGUUUAUACACACCCAGAGGUUUUGACCUAGGGCAGAUGAUAAACAGCAUGCAAAAGACAUCUUCUGUAAAGUAAAGUAAGGCAGGGAAAUCCUUCCCUCAUUGGAUCUAGAAAAAGGAAAUGGAAAUUAAAAGAGGGAACUGGAAAGAGAUUCAUACGUGCCUGAACCUAAGCUACAAAAAGGGAGGACAGGCACAACCCAGAUGAUUUAUUGAAGGCCGGUCCAUCUGUGACUAUUACCCCUUUGUUCAAAGGCUCCAGUGUUCCUGCCACUGCAGUGUCCUAAAGCAAGUGGGAAGAGAUGCCUGAGACUCAUUGACAAAGGAAAAAAUAACAUACUGUUGCAUCAUAGAACAAUUUAUCAGCAUGGAUUGAAGUGAAUUAUGGUUGCUAGGAUCCAGAUUCAAGAGAGCUCUCAUCUCUUCAGUUGUUGUGGAGAAGGGAAAAUUCCAGCAAGGUGCAGAUUCUCCAGUUGCUUCGUCUAUGCCGAUAGUGGAAUUGCAGCUUGAGGCAGCAAAAUAUUCGCUCUUGCGCCCCUUUUAAAAGCAGGCGAGUCCUUUGAGGGCCUAGAUCUUGUAUCCUGCAGGUAGAACCCCCAGCUUCAUAUUUGUCAGCCAAUAAGAAUCUCAGGAUUUGUUUAAACUGGACUUGCACCCAUCUCCCUACUAAUGGAGAACCUCCCACAUGAUGCUGUCCUAUAUCCUUCCCCCUUCAAAUGCAGAGUUUUUUGAUCCUGGCUGUUUUGGACUUUCCAAGGAACAACUAAAAACCCUUCCUGCUUGUCUCCCCUCUAAGACAACACUGGGAUGGGAAGGGUCUCAUCUGGAUGCCCCUCCCAUUAUUGGGGAGACAGGCAGGUACAAGUCCACAUUUUUUGCGGCAGUGUGGCCCAGGCCUAGGAUUUCAGAAGCCUUCUUUCAAAGAAAUGUCUGCAUUACAGGGAAAGCAGUUCUCCAGCACUUAAGAUGCAGGAUAUUUUAUCAUGCAACACGUCCACCCCAUCCCAUCACUGCACCAAUUCAAGUAUUUAGUGCAGUUCAGACUGUGGCUGCACAAAUCUAUUGGCUAGUACCAAUGAUUGCAUCACUAAUCAGAGACACUAUCUUCCCCCACCCUUUUGAUAAAGGCAAUAGCCCCGAGGGAAGAUGCCCACCGGCCGCAUACUAAGUGUUCCUUACAAAGUAGCGCAAAGGAUACACACAAAUUACACAGGCUUCCACAGUUCAAGUUGUCUUCCUUUCCCUUACUGUUAAAUAAACGCUUGGUGUGCUGCAGUGCUGGGAAUCCAUUUCCAAAGCUCCUUUAAGUAAUUUCCUCCAUUAGCUAUUAACACCAGGCAUAAAAGUGCUAGGUUAUUAACAUGCCACAAAAAUGGUGAGGGGGGGGGGGGUUACAAACAAAAAUAUGGAAGUUGCUCCCUCUAGAGGUUUGAUCCCUAAAGGCACCUCUUUUCAAGACCAACAACUCUCAAGUCUGACGAAUCAAGGUAGUAAUGCAGGGCACCCAAUGCAAUCACUUUUUUUGGGGGGGGAGAAGCUUGUUAUAAUUAAACCAGCACAGUUCAACAAAGUCUACCUGAUGCUGGAAUCCAAUUUCUUUCACGGCAUCAGGAUCCUUGCAAAGGCAAAGCAGAACUCGUUACAGUUCCUGCAGUGCCACACAGUUUCUGGCUUGCUGUGUUUGCAGGCUGAUAGGACAAACGAUAAGGGCCAGCUAUAAAAGGGAGGGGCAGAAGACAAAACACUUAAGAUAUCCAAGGGCCAUAAAGCAGAAAUCCAAAGAUAGGAAGCUACCUUCAGACUAGUGAUCCAUCUGCAUAGGAAGCUGCUUUUUAUACCCAUCUAGACCAGGAUUGUCUACCUGAGACCUUCUGCAUGUAAAAUGUGUGCUGUGAUGCUGUGUUGCAACCAUUCCUCUUUGAGGAUGCACUAUAUUCUUUAAACCAGAACAGCCAUUCUUCUAUAAAACACAAAAUGAAAUGGUAUAAUUUUCUGGACUACACCAGUUCAGACUGCAGGUGGGGGAGGACCAAAUUCCAACGCUCCCCUUGCAUUUUUUUUUAAAAAAGUCAUGUUUGUGUAUAUAUGUAUAUACACAAUUUCUCCCUCUGGUGCUAGCUUAACUACAUCGAGAAGAAUAACCAGAAUUCUGUCACCUCCUUCUGUGCAACUGUAACUCUCAAAACAUUGCCAGCUCAUCCGAGAGCCAUGCAGCAAACAAGGCCAACCUUGAGGUGGAAGUUCUAGAAGUCAACACCAAGUAGGGCUGGGAAUGUCCCGACUGAAACAUGGACAACAACUGCUAGUCAGUGCAGGUAAUGCUAAGCUGGAUGGUUUGGCUCUGUUUAAGGCAGCUUCCUUUGGAGGACAGUGAAGCCUUGCCCCCUGACAACUAUGCACACACUAAAUGUUUAAAGCACACAUUCUUUCCCUCGAAUAAUUCUGUGCACUCUAGUUUGCCCCUCUGAGUUACAAUUCCCAGCAACCCUUAGAGAACUACCGUGCCCAGAAUUAUUUGAGGGAAAGAAUGUGCUUUGAAAUGCACUUUAAAUGUAUAUAGCAUGUACACAGCCAGUAUCUUUGGAGAUUUCACUAAGCAUCAAGCUCUUUUUUUUUGUUUAAAGUCAGCCUUUGCAACAAUAACACCCAGUGGAAUAAAAUGCAUUCCUGCCCACGUACAGUUAAGCCUCAGGGGUUUCCCCAAAAUGGGUGGUGCAAACCCACUGGGACUGAGAGUUACUGAAGACUAAAGCAACAUGGGAAAAGCAGAGUGGAGAAACCAGCAGAGAGAAGUGGCCUGGAGGUGUACAAAAGCUGAGCAGAAGGAUAUUGCCACCUCCAGACGGCAUCAACAGCAGCUUUUCUGGAACUAAGCAGAUCUUGGUCUCGGGAGUGCCUGGAUGGGAGACCAUUUUGAAACCCCACACAAACCACUUUGAGCUCCAUUCUGUACUAAAGGCCGGAUAUAAAAGCAAGACUUUUGAAAAGCAAGUGGAGUGAGGCAUGGUACAGAGUACUCUUAAUCUUGGGGACUGGGAGGGCUUUUAAAUAUUGGGGUUUGUUUAUUCCUGCUGUUCAAAAGGAGGGUUAAAAAACCAAACAAAAGAAGAAGGCAUCCUUAUACCAGGUCAGACUACAGGCCUUUUAUUGUCUACACUGCCUGCAGUGGCCUUUCCACAUCUCAGGCAGAGGCCUUUGCCAUCAGUUGCUAUCUGAUUCCUUUGUGCUAGAAAUAUUGGGGAACUGAUCACAGGACCCUCUUCGUUUAGAGCAUGUGCUCCACCCACUGCUUCUCACCCAGAUCCCUUUAAAUCAGUCAGACUAACAGGAAUCACCAACCUUUUAGGGCCAGUGGCCACAUGUGGAAUUAUGAGGAAGUGCUGUCACGGCGUGGUAUAACAUGAAAGGGAUGCCACAUCUAAAGGAGCAUUAAAUGAGCCCAGAUCACAAAAAGCAGUGGGCAUGCCUCACAAAAGAACGUGUAUCAGCCGCUGCCAUACAACUCACAGUGAAAAGCUCGCUGAAUCUCUCCUCUGCUCAGAAGGGAUGGGAAGGAGGGUGUCCAAUCCUGGCAUCCCGAAAAAUAUGGGCACAUUUAAGGGGAUGUGUUCGAAGUAAGAGAGCAACAAAGCCAUUGCAAACAGGAAAUGAGCAGGUACAGCAAUCAGUCUCUCAUGCAUUAUGGAUUUUUGAGGUGAUAUUUACUGAGACACUUUGUGAGAUGAUAUUUACUGAGACAUUUUGCAGGAACCGUAUGAUGCUAUGGCAGGCACCAUGGGGCGAGCAGGUGUUGCACUGACAACCUCUGAAUAAAAUUAGGCCUGUAGAUUAUUUGCAAGUUGCUUCUUGGAGAUCAGAUACAAACCUUCAAUGACCUAGAAAAGCAUAAAAUUAAGGCCAAAGGUUGCCAGGCUGUGGGUCCUGUAGCUCUCCUGAGAGAACACACGGUCAGGCUGGAGGAGAGAAACACUCACCUGGGUCCAACUGCACAAGGCACCGGAAAGUCCCUUUGCCUGAGGGUUUGAGCCUGAUCCCAGGUACCACCUGCAAGAACUUCAGGCUGUCACUGUAGCCUCGCUCCAAACAGAGUUUCCACAGCUUGACCUUGUGCUCCUUCCACACCAGGGCCUCCAGCUUAUCCAGACGCAAGCCUAAAGGAAACUGGCCCAGAGUGCUUCGGAGGAGAGGGGUCACAUCCGCACCACCUGAACGAUACAAAGAGGCCUCGAUUAUGAAAAGGCUUUUAAGUAGGACUGUGCAUGCACCCUCCUAUCCAGUGUUCCAGAUCUGUCCUGGGGCAGACUUGACCUGGAUCUGGGCCCAAGACUGGGACUCUAGCACAUUGUUUAAUUAUGGAUUUAAACCCUAUUUUAUAUGUGGUCCAAGGGCAGGGGAAGACAGACAGGCUGUCUGCAUUUGCUUCUUCUCCACCAUCCUACUCCUUGCCACCCGAUUACCACCCCUUUGGACAGCUCUAGAUCACUUUGGGUGGACCUGGGGAUGCCUCAAGCUGCUCCAGCCCAUCAGCCCAAUUUGGCUCAGGAUCUAGAAUUUGGACAGAGUGGCCCCACAGCCCUACUUUUUAGUGUUGUUUGGAAUGGAU